GUUAAAUCAUAGGUGUGUAAAGAGAAAAGAGUCUAAGCUGACUUCUGCCUUGAGUUCAGUGGGGAGAGGGAUCCAUAAUUGUGAAGUGUAAAAGACUGGUAAAGACUCCCUUGCUCAUAAUAAGGUUUGUUCAAACACAUUUUAUACUACCAUUUAUACUUUUCAGUGUAUUUUGCUUGUGUUUGUUGAGGGUUGUGUUUAUAUGGCUGCACACUGUAAUACUUGGGUGCAUGCAGUGGUACUCCAUCAGCACAAGCCCAAAGGCUUAGCACUAUAACUGUAGCUGCCAUUCAGCAAGGUUUUUUGACAUUUCUGUGUGACGUGUGGUAUAUGGUAAGAUAACAGUUUGAAAGUCUUAGGGGAGAGUGAGAUAUUCAUUGCUCUUUGCUGUCCAGACUGUACACUGUCAGUGUAACUCUAGUCGUGCAGAGCUGUGCCAGAAAGAAAUCAGCCUAGAACAAAACCAAAUGUGGUUAGUUUCUGUUGAGACUUACUAAUGGCAUAUGGAAGCAUAUGCACAUGUGCAUGCUCUCCACCUACAAAAUUAAAGAAGGGUUUUGACUUGUGCAACCCUUGUUUAGACAGAUUUAAGUGGAACUAGUGUAAAAAGAGCUUUUCUGUUGGGAAGUUGGUAUCCUGGAAGAUCAUGAUCUUAAAGUGGAAUUUGUAACAUCCACAAGUCUCUGGUAUCCCAUCUCCCCCAACUGUCGGUUUUUGUGCAGGAACUGUGUGUUCUGCCUUGUGCCUGUAGAGGCCACAGUCACCACAGUUGCUGAGUAGUCAGGAGCCUCGGCAUUUUCGCUUCCUUAAGACCACCCUUUCUGGGAGAGAUGAAUUUUUGGCAGGCUGCUGUACAAGGAAUAAAUUGGGUCACUGAGACAGUUCUAGAGGAAGCUGGAGGGACAAAACCAGGGUGCAGGGGAGCUGCGCGAAAAUGGGGACUGUAAGUUAGCAAAAGGCUGGGAACAUUUUGAGGAAGGGCGCAAGAGGAAAUGAGAAGUGAAACAGCAGGGACAAAGAGGAAGAACUGUGCCAGGAGGGCUGGUCCUUGAGACUGCUGUGUGAUUGGAGAAGCCUCUGGAAAGAGCCAACCUGGGCUUGGUCUUGUCAGCAAAAACUUUCCACACAGUGCUGAUCACAGCAUGCUUCCUCUUUCAAACAGUAACUGGGGUCUUGAUUCAGUUAAGGCACAGAGAAACUGAUGCAGAGAGAUGCAGAGGCAUUGGGAUGACAUGAAGAUGGAACCAUUUUGGACCUGAAGAUCAGACAGUGCUUGUGUCCCUCUGUGUGGCUCCCAGCCUUUGGAUAAAACAACAGCUCGUGCCAGUGAAAUAAGUCAGACACGUUUUUUGAUCUGUUACUAGCAUAUGCCUUUUGGAAGGAAUUUUUAUGCCUCAUUCUAUCAAAGGGAAAUUAUCUUCCAUGAAAGUGCAUGUUAGAAAUAGACUAGUGUGAGUUGGAGAAGGACUUCAGAGGAAGGAGAUUCAAAUCCGGAUGUAAAAUGAGCACAGGCUUCCACAAACUCCUUUUUGACAUUUCUGAGGCUUUGAUCACAGAUGAACUAGCGGCUCUGAAGUUCCUCAGCCUGGAGCACGUCCCCAUGAGGCAGCUGGAAGCCAUCGAAGAGCCCAAGGCCUUCUUCGAAGCGCUGCAGAAGAAAGGGAUGAUCGAGGCGGGGAGCCUGUCCUUCCUGAAGGAGCUGCUGUUCCGGAUCAGUCGGAUGGACCUCCUGGCUGCCCACCUGGGCUCCAGCCGAGAGGAGAUGGAGAGAGAGCUUCAGAUCCCUGGCAGGGCAAAGGUGUCGGCCUACAGGCAACUGUUAUAUGGAAUUGCAGAGGACUUGACUCCAGAAGAUGUCAAGCACGUGAAGUUCCUGCUCCAAGAACAAAUACCAAAGAACAAGCUCCAGGAUAAUGCUUCAAUGUUGAAGGUCUUACUGGAAAUGGAAAGAAAUGGGAUAAUUAAAGAAGAUGACCUGGCAGUGCUGAAAGAUAUAUUAAAGGGAUUUAGAGCUGACAUAAAGAAAAAAAUUGAUAUCUAUGAAGGAAAAAAAAAAGAAAAUGAUUCUAAGGAAAAACUCCACUAUCCACUGUCUGUGUGUCCAGCAGGACAAGGAGCAGAGGUGGAGACACCACACAUGCCUGUGGAAUCAUAUAAGAUGAAAAAUAACCCCCAUGGUUACUGUGUCAUUCUUAACAACCACAUUUUUAAAAAUCCGUAUGAAGCCAGAGAAGGAACAGUAAAAGAUGGAGAGGCUGUGAAGAGGGUCUUUAAGUGGCUUCAGUUUGAGACAGCUGAGUACAUGAAUCUAGAAGCAAAGCAAAUGUAUGUGAAAGUUAAAGAAUACAGCAGAAAAGAUCAUAGUAACAUGGACUGUUUUGUUUGCUUCAUUUUUUCCCAUGGUGAAAAAGGCAAAAUAAAAGGAGCUGAUCAUGAGUUUGUAAAUAUUAAAGAUUUAGUCUCCUGCUUCAGUGGAUCUAAUUGUCCUUCUCUUGCUGGCAAACCCAAGCUGUUUUUCAUCCAGGCUUGCCAAGGCUCUGUAGGUCAUCCAGCUGUCACAGUAAAAGAAGACUUCUCUGGCCAUUUUGAGACAGACGCUACCCCUCUGAAUUCCAUUCCUGAUCAAGCUGAUAUCCUGGUUGGCAUGGCUACAGUGGAAGACUAUGAGUGCUACCGCUGUACAGAGACUGGCAGUGUUUACAUUCAAUGCCUCUGUGACAAGAUGGAGUUGCUUUGCCCACUCCACAAGGAUCUCAUAACCAUCCUGACAGAAGUGAACAAGGAGGUGGGAAGAAGAGUCUUAAAUGGAUGGAAGCAGAUGCCAAAGAUAACAUCAACCCUACGGAAGCAAUUGAUCUUCCAAAUUCCAUAAUGUCAGUCAAUUGAAAAGUAGAAAAAGCUCUUAGGGGAUGGUCUGUUUUGGAUGGUUAACAACUGCUGGAAGGAAGGUCCCAUGCCAUUAGAUCCACUGCUCUGAGAUGCCGUCUCCUCUUGGCAGCUACCUUUAGCUCCUGUGGACUCUUCUGUUUUAAUAAAUAUUCUUCGUUUUCACAUCA